AUGCUCCGCUCCGCCCUGCGCAGCAUCUUCAAGGGCAGCUCAGCCGCCAAGCCGGCCGCCCCCGUCGCCGCAGCUCCGACCGCGUCCUCAUCAGCUGCGACAACUCUCGGGACCUCUCAAGCGCCGUCAACCGCUCGUGCGGGCCCAGUCACUGCUGCAGACGCGACGCUCGAGGCGACGGCGCCGCCACCACACUCCGACUCGACCCCGCAGGCCAAGCCCGCCGUCCGCUCGCCGACAGACCCAGCGUCCGACUACCAGCGCCGCCUCGAGGAGCGCUUCGGUGGGCAAGACGCGAGCGCGCUCGGCACGCUCGUCAACGGGCAGCCCGAGGGUCUCGCGCCGAACGUCAAGCGCAACAUGUUCCGCGUUAUCUAG